AUGGCGGCACCGGACUGGUCGUCGCUCCCGGCGGACCUCGUCAACCGCGUUGCCGACUGCCUCCUGGCCACCAACGACCUCGACUGCUACGCGGACCUGCGCGCCGUUUGCCACCACUGGCGCUCCGUCACCGCCGACCUCGGGAGCAACCAGCAUGACCCCCGCUUCCGUCCCUCCCGGAGCCUGGCGCUCCUCCGCGACCGCGACCGCGACCGUGACUACGUCUUUAUCACGAGCACCGCCGGCGGCCUCCUCAUUCUAGCGGCCAGGGACCCUCCACACGCCGUGAUCGUCGUCAAUCCCUUCACCGGCUCCAUGAUCUGUUUUGCGGCGCAAAUGCUAACCGAGCCGUCGGCAUUCACUGCCUACGUCGUUGGUUCAACGCCCACUCUCGUGUUGGUUUCCGUCACGUCAAACGAGGUGUACUGGGCGGAUCCCCAGAGCGGGUCUUUCUCUGUCGAGAAGCAUCGCAACUGUCCUGCAAGCAGGCUGCCUCAGAUUGCUGACGCCGUCAAUCGUGAAUCUGUUCCUGGUGCCAAGAACAUCAGCUUUGAAGAACCAGAGCUGGUCUCAUCAGCACCUAUGAGCAACAUGGGCCCUUUGACAUUAACGCAGCUUUUCUGCUACUACACCAUGGACAUUCCAGGUCAUCCGCUAACGUGGGAAAUGUGUCUCUCCGACUUCGUCAUGCUCGACCGUUGUGACAACUAUAUUGAUUAUGUUAAUGAUAAUUCUGAUGAGGACUAUGGGUAUCAACCAUACGAUGAGCAUUAUUCAGACUUUGAGUAUCACUCAGAUGAUGAUGACUAUCCAAUCUUGGACGAUUAUCUUUGA